UUAAAUAAUUUUCAUCGGUUAAAAACUGUUCCAAAAGUUCAAAAGUCAAUAAUAAGUGAUGGCGGCAUUUGUGAUUCGCAGUACAAAGCGUACAAGCCUUAAAUUUUGCUUAGCAUUAGCUAUAGGUCUGGCAUCAGGUCAAAACAAGAUCUGCUACUACUUAUUGUGUAGGAAGCAUCUAAUAUAAUCAAAUAAAAAUGAAACAUUUCAAGGUAAAAUGUUUCAAGGUCUAAGCGCCUGGUUUUCCAACAGCACAGAUGACAAAAUAAAACAAGCAUGGAGGGACAAUGGUGGAACACUUGACUCUUUCGAGACUGCACAGUUCAUUUUUAGUUCUGAUAAUGCCUGCCCUGAUACAGAGAGAAUAUAUACUUCACAGGAGUAUGUGAAUGAGCACUUAGCUGUAUUCCACUCGAGUUAUGUGACUGACUGUGUGCAAGCCGGUUCUAAAGAGAAGGUGAUCCUUGGGAAGUAUUUCCUGCCACCAGCUGACAUUGCAGAAUUUGUCAAGAAGCAGCUGAAUUUCUGUUGGGAUUUACAGCUAGCCAGCACUCAAAAACCAGCAAAUGCAAGUUUUGAAGCAGAGUCAUCCUGUUCUUUGACAGAAGGAACAAUAUCUGGGAAGAUAUCUUGCUCUGAUCAAGCUCCUACUGUUACUUCUCCAGCAUCUGGCUCUGAGAGGCCCCAAAGGUCUUCAGCCCAGAGACUGGCACCAUCCUCAAGGUGCCAGGCACUUUCAGGCAGCAGGAUCUCAAGCAGAAAAAAUGGGGAUAGGUCACUAGAAGCGCAACAAACUCCCAAACCUGGUUGUUUGUCAUCUAGCAGAAAACGAAGGACAGAGUCAACACCAAGUUUGCAUCACUCCCCAUCUAAGAGUCUAUGUGAUCAAGGCACAUCUGAUUCACAGGACUUCACAAGAGAGCAGAGAAUAGGUAAUCCAGAAAAGUCACAAAUGAUAGGUCCCUCUAGGAGACAAAGGCAAGAGACAGAGCACAGAAAUGCUGAGAGAGUCCAGCAAGAAAGUGUAGUAGUUUCUGCUGAUGUUCAUACUUCUGUCAGUGGUGAGAGACAGGACCAGCAAUUGCAAAGAAGAGACAAAACAAAUAACAAUAAGCGAGCAAAACCAAUGGUGUCUAGCAGAUCAGACCCAGAAGAGGAGGAAUUGGGUGUUUGUGAAAUGUCUGAAGAAUUGGAAGUGAUCAACAUCAAAGAUCUGCCUAAAGUUUCUGGGGUGCUUGAAGAUUUUAUACCUGGUGAAAAUGGUUGUAUAGUUUAUAUUAGGCAUUAGUAAAAUGCUGCAAUAUAUUUUCAACUGUUUCCAUUGUAUUGUUAGAAGAAUUAUUGUUACUGUAUUGAGGCAAUGUUAAAAGUACGCAUUGGUACUAAGCAUUGUUUUGUUAACACUUUUUGCCAUCAUCUUGUUAUUCUUCUUCUUAUCCUUUCCUCUUCCUUUUUGUAGUUCACAACUGUUUUUCAAUCUUUGUUAUGCUGCUCAUUAUGGUCAGCCAUUUUUAUGUGAUCUUUCCAACGUAUUAUUUGAGGUUAUGUGCCCAAUGGCAUUGAACACAACAGUUUUAUACAAGUUCAGAUUGUAUACAGUCAGAAAUUAAAAGUGAAUGUUAUUUAGUAGGUGGAAUAUGAAAAACAUUUGAAAGGUUAUUUGAUAUAAUUGAGUCAUUCAUCUUGAGGUAUUUUAAUUCUCCUGCUGUUAGAGGAAUUAAAGUCACCUGCUCAAACCACAUUCACUCAUUGCCAUGCAGACAUUGCCCUCUUUAAGGCACAAUGAAUUGAUAUUAUCUAUGAUGCUGGAAAGGGUCCUUCUUAUUGGCAUUUUCUUAUAAAGUUUGAAGUCUCUCUAACACUAGGUUCCUUAGCCUUUUCUAUUCUUUAUCAUAGUACUUCGCAUAUUGACAUGAGUUUGAUACAUAGUGUGUGUCAACACUCACUUUUGUUAUGCACAUUACUGUUCAGUGAGUUAUGAUAAGAUAUAUAAAGUUCUACAACUGUUUGCAAAUGGGUCUGUUUUACAGUUUGUUGCUUAUUUGUACUUGUUCAAAUAUUUCCAUUGUGUAAAUUUGUAUAAAUAUCAAUUUUUUUUAUUAUAAUCAGCAGUAAAUAAACCUUGUGCUGAUGAACACAUAUGAACACAUGAAAUCUAUAACCAAUAAGGUUGUGUUUAUUAAGAAGACAAGCGAGCAAAUAAAUGGCUUCAAAUACAUCUUGGUGCCAUGUACAAUAAAGCACAUCGCAAACUUUUAAUCAAAAGCAAGUGUUUUGAGUUUAUAAAACACUGCAAAUAAAGGAAUGUAGAUAUAAAGUAUAUUAAAGAGUACGACAAUAAUGUAAACAAAUGCUUAGCUUAGCAAAGACUGCUAUCAUUAUCCUUAUAUUGAAAAGAAUUAUAUCAGUAUUAACUUUCAAAUAUGCAUGAGGCUAAACAUGCUGAAUUUCUGCUUAGCAUAUGUGGAAGCAGCAGAAAGAGAUUUGUUUUUAUAAUGGCUUUUUACGUCUUUGAGAUAUGAGAAAAUACUGCAACGAGUGUUUCUUCAGUUUUAAAUGAAGGUAUGAUGAAUAGUAUAUUACAUACUGUAAAGAACUAAAUGUGUUUACCUCUUACUUUAAUUUAAUUCCAAUGCUGUUAUAUUUUAUGGUGACAUUUGCAAUCAGUAGUAAAAGUAUUUCUAAGCAUAUAUGAAAAUUUAUCCAAACCUACACUGUAUAACAUGUAUAUUCUGGGAUUAUUUGGAAAAAGACUGAUAUCCCAGUUAUAUGAGAUUAUCAGUAUUGUAUAUAUAGUUCAAGCUUAGCACAAAUAUCCAGUAGAAUCUACAAUUCAAAAAUCCCAGAUAUUUGAUAUAGUACAACCAGAAGUCUAAACUCAGCUUUAUACCAAAAUGAAAAUUAGGUCUGAAAAAUACACAUAAAGAAAAGGUAACUCGCUAAAGAUAAAGCAAAUCAAACAGCAGUGCAACUGCAACCAUAAUUAGAUUCAAAGACCUUUAUAAUCAUGACUUUAUAAGGACCUUCAUACUUGUGUCAUUUACAGAAACCUUAUGCUAUCCAUCAUAUUAGGGAAAUUGUUGCUUAAAAAUCCUGAUAAUUUUAUGUAUGGUCUGCAAAUUUCUUGACCUAUGUGUCUAUGCCAGUGAUUCUCAAAAUAUUUCAGGCCAUGGACCACUUUACUAAAGUAAAAAAUAUGGCGGACCACCAAGACCUAAAAUCACUCUGUACUGUGAAUUUCAAACUUAAAUUGACGCAUCUGUUUCUUAACAGUUCGAAACAAAAUGUACUUUUGUGACAGUAGUAUCAUAAUAAAGUUUACAUAAAAUUGAAUACUAGCAAAGUACACAUAAAAUUAAAAAUAAGGAAAUGCACUUUGUUACUAAGAGGUAACAAAUGACGCAAUGCUCGCGCUUUGACAUAAAGACUUAGUUGGUAAGCAACCAUUUUAUGCGAAUGAGCAGUUGAACAUUGAUAAAAUUAAAACUUGUGUGAAAUGAAUACUGGACUAAUUAACGUAUCUGGUGAUUUAAACAUCACUUUGCUGACAUAUGACCACACUUUGAGAACCACCGGUCUAUGCUACUGUUAACUGAAUAGUGCAAUGUAAUGCCUGCUACACUAUAUCACCCUGAAUUUACUCAAAAUGGUGUUGACUGCCUCCAGCUUCAAAAGCAUAGGACAGAAAUGGUGCAUUUUAAGUCAGUAUAUAGAUUGAAGUCCUGGAAUU